AUGGCUUCGUCAGGAGUUUGUGAGUUUGCGGGCCAAGCCAAGACGCCGCUGCAGAAAGCGGAUCCUAAAGGUCCCCGAUCUUCCGUCCGACCGACGCCGGUGCCGCCACACUUUGUGGCAUCCAACCAGGUGCCCGACGAUGACUUUGUUUCGGCUUUGCGGAACAAGAGGCAAGGGCGGAACGGUAGCGCAACUUGCGCAGCCCAACUUUGCAACUUGCAGUGUGACAUGACACUGUCGGAAGUUCCAAGUGAACACCAUGGCCAAGAUUUGCUUGGUUUUCGCACGAAGGUGGAGAAGUCCGAGCUCCCCAAGAAGAUGGACGACUUGGUCAGGGAUGGGAGCGCGGGAGGUGACCCCGGUAGCGAAAGCCAACUCUCCGAGUUUUUGCGGCGCUUUCAGGCAGCUGUGGAGGCUCCGUUGAAAUCCUUCUCCAACCACUUGAAACCGGCCCUGGCACGACGGAUCCAUGUGGGCACCAUGGACUACAUGGGCGGCUCGCAUGAAGCUUAUCGCAGAACGUUCGAGUUUAUCGAGAUGACGAACACCUGGUUUGACCUCGACACUCCGACCAGGGCCACUUGA